AUGAGCUAAAUACUCUAUGAUGAAGGCAAUAUUGAUUAUCACUCCCUAAGAUACGGAUAAACAAACAAGAUGAGGAGAAAAGAUUUUACAGAUUUGUAAUUAGAUGCGUUUUGGAAUGGAACGAAUAGUAUUUUCCGGAAUGAGCAUAACGUUAGAUAUACUAAAGCCCUUCCAUAACUUAUUCAAGCCAAGAUGGUUAUAUACAGACGGGGUUAGUUUCCGAUAGGAAGCCUUUGGUAGUUGGUGAGAACGAGGCGAAGAAAAUUUUUCAUUUUGUGA